CUUAAAAGGCUGCCUGCCGGCCUUCAAUCCCAGACCACUUCGGUAGCUCGAUAACGGUCGCGAUAAGGAAAUUGUCCCGAAUUUUUCGAGCUCACGCAGACACCGAACGCCAACAGCUCUGCCGCCAUAGCGAUCACCUACGAUGGCACCCACACGCACAGUGAAGAACAAGCAUGCCGCACCAAAAGCCGGGUCCGUGGGGGGAAAGGACUCGAAAAAGUCCUCCUCGGGCGGCGUUCCCAAAACCAAGGGUCGAUCUGGCUCCAAAGCAAAAGCUCCCGCAGUACAAGUCAAAGGCAGACCCAACCUGCCAGGCCUUGACAAGAGCAAGAAAAAGAAGCAACGCAUCUACACAGAUAAGGAGCUCGGCAUCCCGGAGCUGAAUAUGGUUACCCCUGUAGGCGUGACCAAACCGCGGGGGAAGAAGAAGGGGAAGGUGUUUGUCGACGACAAGGAAAGCAUGGCCACGAUUCUCGCGCUCGUGCAAGCCGAAAAGGAAGGGCAGAUCGAGUCAAAAUUGAUGCGGGCGCGUCAGAUGGAGGAGAUCCGUGAGGCGCGGCGGAUUGAGGCGGAGAAGAAGGAAGCCGAGCGGAAGGCCAAGCUAGAGGACACCAAGGAGUCGCUGCGGAGGAAGAGGAAGCGAAAUAAGCAAGGGGACGGCAAGACUCAGGAUGAGGACGAGAACAUCAAAGAUGUUAUCGCUACCGGGACGAACGCAAUUAAGUCGAAGAAGAAGAGGGUUUCAUUUGCGCCGGAGUGAGGUCGAAAGCUUGUACAGGGUUUCGUUUAGUACGGUCCUUUCUAUGCAUGGCAGGCGUCUGGAGUUGUUGGUCUUUGUGGGUAUAAAUAUCAGGAUUGUCUGGGGGCGAAGAUACCAACAGGGAGGUUGUACGACGGUUUUGCCCGGCUACGGCAGUUGUCUCUAUAUACCUGAAGUAUUUGAUAUG